AUGAAUAUUUACGCCGAUCCGUAUAAUAACCAAUCGUCACAAAGAUUAUCUUUACUUAUCGAUCAGUCGAAUGUAGAUGAAUUUCCUGUUGAACCAUAUUUAGAAGAAGAUGAAGAAGAACCAGAUUUUCUCGACGAAAUUGAUAUUACCGCCGAUGCUAUCAUUCAUCAGUCACCGUUUAAUGUUAAGGCAUGCGAUCGUAUACCUGUUCUUAAACAAUUGAUUCGUAACGAAUCUACAAAUAAAAAACCAACUAAUCCACUAUUUUCAAUCGAGAUUGUUCAUUUAUUUUAUAAAUGGUUUGCUUACAUUCCUCUAUGGUCAAGUAUCAUGACUGAAUUUGUAGAUAUAUAUGCAAAUGAUGGCAAAAGAAUUUCGGCUAACAACUGGGAAUUUGGUCAUGGCCGAAUUUCGAAUGCUUCUAUUGAGUCAUAUUUUUCUGUAAUUAAAGAAUCGGUUCUUAUGAAGAAAACUCGUCUUAAACCAGAUGAUUUCUUAUUAAAAGUAUAUCGUCAUACUGUUUCACGUUUGAAAGCAAAUAAUUUCGAUGUCACGCAAUCAUCGCGUUGCCGAAAGAUGGUGCGAGGCAAAUCACACAGUUUAAAUGUCAAAGAGCCCUGGAGCAGGAAAGGUCGCUCCAAGACAAAGGCUAAUCGACGAGCUCAUUAUUUUGAUCCUAGUAUCACUCAGACAACAGAAUGCAAACUAACGUGA